UUCUGCAGAGACUCACUGCCAGGAGACUCAGUCUCUGGGACGCUUCUGAAGGAUUGCUCGUUCUAGCCCCUGUAGCUCCCAGAUCCUCCUGACUGAACACUGGCCACGUUCUCAUUUCACCCUUGCCUACCACCUGUCCCUGCAAAGCCAUGUGGCUGUACCUGGCAAUCCUUGUGGGCCUGUACUACCUUCUGCGCUGGUACCGGGAGAGACAGGUGAUGAGCCACCUCCAGGACAAGUAUGUCUUCAUCACAGGCUGUGACUCGGGCUUCGGGAACCUGCUGGCCAGGCAGCUGGACCUCCGAGGCUUGAGGGUGCUGGCUGCAUGUCUGACAGAAAAGGGGGCCGAGCAGCUGAGGGUCAAGGCGUCAGACAGGCUGGAGACGGUGAUCCUGGAUGUGACCAGCACAGAGAGCAUCGCUGCGGCCACCCAGUGGGUGAAGGAGCGCACGGGGGACAGAGGACUCUGGGGCCUGGUGAAUAAUGCUGGCAUCUCUGUGCCCACGGCACCCAAUGAGUGGCUGACCAAACAAGACUUUGUAAAGAUACUCAACGUGAACCUGUUGGGGGUGAUCGAGGUGACCCUGAGUCUGCUGCCCCUGGUGAGGAAGGCAAAGGGCCGAGUGGUCAAUGUCUCCAGCGUCUUCGGUCGUGUAGCCUUCAUUGGUGGGGGCUACUGCAUCUCUAAGUACGGCGUCGAGGCCUUCUCGGACUCCCUCAGGAGGGAGCUCUCCCACUUUGGGGUGAAAGUGGCUAUCAUUGAGCCCGGUUACUUCAAGACUUUAGUGACCAGUACUCCGGUGAUUUCUAGAAACUUCCAAGAGGCAUGGGAUAAGGCCAGCCCAGAGGUCAAGGAGGCCUAUGGGGAGAGGUUUCUGGCAGACCGCCUGAAAGCAAUCGGGUCCUUGGAUAAAAUGUGCACACAGGAUCUGUCCUUGGUGACGAACUGCAUGGAACAUGCUCUGACCUCCUGCCAUCCCCGCACCAGAUACUCACCUGGCUGGGAUGCCAAGCUCAUCUACCUUCCCAUGAGCUACAUGCCCACCUUCCUGAUGGAUGCCGUGGUCAACUGGAGUAACCCAAGACCUUCUAAGGCCAUGUGACCCAAGAUUGUGGUGCAUAGUAGGGGGAAUUGGGUACCGUGUGAGGGAGGGGAUGCAUCUGUAGAGAGAAGUAUGGUGCAUUUUUGUUCACAUUCUCAAAUACUGUUAUUAAAAUAAAAUUAAAUAAUUGA